AUUUCUUGUAUAACAUAAUGGCUUUUCCUUUUCUCAAGUCCAUCGAGGACUGCGGCGACUAUGCAAAGACUGUCGAGCCCUUCAUACCCCAGCUCUAUGCCCUGCCUGGACAGAUCGUCGACAACAUUGCCGACCCCUCCGGGUUGAGGCAACUGUAUAUCGACACAAACCCUCUCAUCUCGGCUUUUGCAGCCUCUGUUACCUCUAGCUUUAUCUUCCUCGUCGUGUCUGAGAUCAACCGAAACUACUCCCAGAUCGAUCGCAUGUGGAGUCUGCUUCCUAAUCUCUACGUUGUUCAUCUGGCGGUCUGGGCUCGUCUUGCUGGUGUACCAUCUUCGAGAAUUGAUCUUGUGGCGGCUGCUACAACUGUUUGGAGCUGCCGUUUAACAUAUAAUUACUGGCGUAAAGGCGGUUACAACGUUGGAUCUGAGGAUUAUCGAUGGGCCAUCCUCCAGAAAUACGUCCCCAGGUUUAUCUUCUUCAUCUUCAACGUUACAUUCAUAUCAUUCAUUCAGAGCGUUCUUCUCUUUGCUUUCUCUUGCGUUCCUGCAUACGCCAUUUUGCUCUCCACAAAGUUUGAGCCCAAUAUCACAACGGCCGAUGUCGCCUACUUUGUUGCGGAGAUUGCUCUCGUUUUCAGCGAGUGGGUGAGCGACGGCCAACAAUGGGAUUACCACCAGGCCAAACACCAGUAUCAAAAGGAUGCCAAGGUGCCCAGGAACUACAACUACACUCAGGCUCAGCUUGAUCGGGGCUUCAACACCUCGGGACUCUGGGCUUACAGCCGACAUCCCAACUUUGCCGCCGAGCAGUUGGUCUGGUUUGUGUUGUACCAGUGGAGCUGCUUUGCCACCAACAACCUAUACAGUUAUACCUUUGCUGGCUCUGGUGCUCUGAUUCUUCUGUUUCAAGGAUCGACGUGGCUUACCGAGCGUAUCACCGCCGGCAAGUACUACGAGUAUUCCAUGUACCAGAAGAACGUCGGCAUGUUCAUGCCCACCUCAUUCCGUCCAUACAAGACCCCUGUUCAGCAGCCCAAGGUCAUCCGAACCAGCGAGAUUGCAAAGCGGAUGGAGAACAAGAAGCAAAAGUAAGGGUGGUGUCUUUCUACACGGGAUCGGUUGUUUUACCGUGUCCCAUAUCCAGGGAUACAUCAAGGCAACCUGGUAAGCAAACACAAUUAUCAAUACACGAGGGGCGAGGAUACGAAGGUUUGGGGCGCUUUGUUGGGGAAAUUUAUUGGUCUAUGGGGGCAUCAACAUAGAAAACACAAGUCUAGUCUGCUCAUCUAUUGUCCAGGAUAGUCUAGUUUUUCUCGGCCGUCAGCAGGAGAUCGCUCAGCGAGUCGGCGUAGAAUGAAGGAACAGCAAUGGCAUCUUCCUUUUCCCAGUCUGCCUUCUUGUGAACACCUGUCAAGACGUGAAGCGUUCCGCCGAGUUUUCCCUCGAUGCCAAACUUGAUGUCGGUGUUGAGUCUGUCGCCAACCAUGCAUGUCCGGGCACGGUUGAGCUGGAACUUGCCCUCGACGGCGUCCAUCAUGGCCUGGCUAGGCUUGCCUAGAGCCAGGGGUGUCUGUCCUGUUGCGUGAACAACGGGGUAGUGGCAUGAACCAGCUCCGAGGAAGAAGUCCUGGUGCAUGGGCAGCGUUGAAUCGGUGUUGGUGGCGAGGAAGAUGGCACCUCGCUUGACAUAGUGCAUGGCGUGCGCGAGUUUGAGGUAGUUGACGUGAAAGUCGAGGCCACACAGCACAACGCCAACCUCGGGGUCGAGCAGGGAGCCGUCAGCGAUGCCCUUAAAGUCCUCUGGUGUGAUAUCCCGUCUAAAGGCCUCGUCUGUACCACCGACGUGAGCAAUACCCUCAGACUCGAGUUCCUUCUCGAUACCAGAUUCUCCUAUAAUGAAGACCUUGUGCUUGCCCUCGGGGAGCUUCAGGAUGCGGGAGAUGUAGAUGGCGGCAGAGUAGCUGGAACCAAAGACAUCGUCCUUCUCGCUGGGGAUUCCCAGGUUGGUGAGUUUCUUGAGGUACUCAUCACGGGACUUUGUAGAGUUAUUUGUGACGAAGACGGUCCGCUUUCCUUUUGAUCUCAAGAGGGCGAUGGUCUCGGGAACUCCUUCGUACACAUGAUCGCCCGACCACAAGACACCGUCACAGUCGAGCAAAAAGACAUCAAACUUGUCGAUGAACUCGUUGACGGCGGCAGCAUCGCCGGUGAGAUAUUUUGGGUUCGACAUCUUUAGAGGCCUGUAAAACUCUGCCACGACGCGGGAUUUCUUCUAUCUCUGUUGUUUG